GAUUUCGGGAACACCAUGGGCGCAGAGGCGUCUGUGAUACAGAAGGACUUCGAUCGGAUAGCUGGGGAGGAGGCUGUGGACUUUGACGACGAGAUCUGGGGGAGAAUUUGUGAUGGAGAGAUUGAGAUGCCGCGCAAGAAUGUGAAAGACUGGCUGGAGCGAACAGCAGCGUCAUGGACGAUGCGGCAGUUCUCGGAGAACAGGAAUUCAGGGAACUACUGGCAGCUUCUUCGCCACCUGAUACACAUGCUAGCUCUCUGCACAAGCGGGAAUCAUAAGAUGGUGAGCGAGAAGGACGUGCAACGAGCAUUGAACCUCGUCGUCAUGGUCCGUUACACGAUCAAGACCCACGUCCAGGAGCUGACGCCCGAGAGUCUCCUGGAGCUCUACGGCAGCCAUGUCCCGGCAUGGCACAAAGAGACGAGCAGGACGGAGUCGCUGCUGCAGGCGUUCUGUGAUGCCGUUGCCCUCCUUCUCAUGUCGCAAGUGCGGGAGGCGCACACCUACUACACCUACUCCCUCCACUUCGAGUGUGCUGGGCUGCUGCUGGAGAUGUCGGCCACGCAGAUGACGCAGGCGCUGGGGGCUCCUUGCAAUCCGUUCCUGGACCAUUUGAUGUCGAGACGCGAAUAUGCCCGUCCGUUCAUGUUUGCGAUGUUCAAGACAUGGAUAGAACAACAAGCAGCUCCUGUUGCUCCUGCAAUCAAGCCAUACAACCUCUUCGGUUCCGUCUCCCUCUCCUCCACUUCAAAGCAUCCUCCCUGGCAGAUCCCGCUUCUGUUAGCAGACUCUCGACAACCGCCGUUGAGCCAACUCUCCGAGAAGUGCUCUUUGCUCAUCCUCAUCUUCGUGAACUUCUCCCAUCCCACGCUGGAAAAUCCGUUCAGAGCGGAACUGCAGCAGAUGCAUGACAGCGACCCGGAACUAGUGGAGGAGGGGAGGGGGGAGAGCUCGCAUGUGAUGCUGCUGAGCCAUGAUGAUCAGUGCGUGCAUGUUCCUUUCAGCAAGCUGCACGACGCCUUUGCAAAAACUCUGGUCGACGAUCGUACGGUUUUGCUAUUCUACUACACGAUUUAUCACAAUCAUCGCUUCUUGAAUUAUGUUCUUGCCAAGUCAGAGCCCCAGCGAGUCACGAGGAUCGAGAAGCGUCUUGACACCGAUGGCUGCGACAGGCUGUCAUUGUACCCCUGCUCAAACUUGCGUACGAGGCAAGAAACAAAACCCCCGAAUUGCAAUUACAUGUUGCUCGUCAUAUUCCUCAUCUUAAGCAAUGACGCGAUCUACUCGUCCAACAUUCAUUCACCCGACUGCAUGAUGGUUUGA